UCAGUUAUGUUCUUGCUUUUUUUAAAAUCAAGCUAUAUUUAUUAGAGUUUCUUAAUAUUUGUGCAAACGUGAAAAGAGUGGAUCACUAAAGAGGGAGUAUAUAAUUAUAUAUAUAGCUUCUCGUCUGUCAUCUUCUUCUCAUAUUCUCAAUUCAUUAUAUAAAAAGAAAAGGAAGAUAACAUAUUUCACUUAUGAUGGUUAAACUACUUGAGAGGCUAUUCGGCUCUUUCGUCUCCGCAGUUGCAUAUUGUUUCUUCGGAUAUUAUCAAGAUAACGGCGGCCCCAAAAGGCAGAAAUUACACAAGUAUGGCAACAAGCAUAAGGGUCGACCACUUUCUUUGCAGACAGUGGAGCUGAAAGUGAGGAUGUGCUGCAGUGGGUGCGAGAGAGUAGUCAAAUUAGCCAUUCACAAGCUGAGAGGUAUCGAUUCAAUCGAGGUCGAGUUGGAAAUGGAGAGGGUUAAAGUAAUCGGAUACGUCGAUCGGAAUAAAGUGCUAAAGGCCGUUAGGAGGGCCGGAAAGAGGGCCGAGUUCUGGCCGUACCCAAACCCACCGCUAUACUUCACGUCGUCGAGCCAUUACUACAAGGAUAUGACCGUUGACUAUAAAGAGAGCUACAAUUACUGGCGGCACGGCUAUAACGCCGCCGACAAGCACGGCUCUCUUCACAUCACCCACCGUGGAGACGACAGAGUUAGCAAUUUGUUCAAUGAUGAUAAUGUUAAUUCUUGUACCCUCAUGUAAUUAACUAAUGAUUGUUCAAUUAUUUAACAUAUCCAUCAUCAAACUAAUGAUCACUUCUUUUAGUGCCUUUUAUAUUCUAUGUAUAUAAAGUUUGGGCGUGCUUCAAUUGAACUGCUACCGCUAAUUAUGUGAU